AUGUCGGAAACAAGUCGUCUAGCAUCACGUUGGUCAUCAUCAGUACCAACAAGAAUAAAAUCGAGUCAUACAAACAACAAUCAAACAAUACCAUUAAUAAUAUCACGAAGAAAAUUAUUUCGAACAGCAAAAAAUCAUCAACAAACAUUUUCACAAAAUAUGGCAAAAGUACGACAAGAUACUGAAGAAUUAUUUCAAUUAUAUUAUUCAAAUAAUAUUAAAUUUGAUACAUUUCAACAACAAAUUGUUACUGGAAAACGUAUUCCAUGUGUACAAACAUCAUCAUCUAUUCAAAAUCAUGUAACUGAUAAUUCACCAAAUGGUUUUUAUUCUAAACAUUGUGUUAGUCGAGAACAAAUGAGCCCAUUAGAAAUAUGUCAAUAUGAAAAUCAAAUAUCUAAUAAUGAAAUAAAACAAUCACCAAUAAAACGUACAGUUCAAGUUCGAAUUGAUAAUAAUCCAAUGAUUGUACCAUCAACUCCAACAGGAUCGACUCGUUCAUCUUCACCAAAUUGUAGAGUAUCUGUUAGUUUGACUUCUAAUUUAAAUACAUUCGUAAAUUCUUCAUUAAUUCAACAAGAUGAAUUUAAUGAAUCAUCAUUAAUUAAAAAAAGUUCUUUUCUUGGAGAUAUUUCAAAUGAUUCUUUUGAACAUAAUAAUAUAAAAACAAACAAAUCAACCAAUGAUCAACGUUCAAUAUCAGCUAAAUUACCAUUAACCACUUUAUCUACUGUUCCAUCAGCAACUUCUUCACUAAUAAAUAAUCGAAAAGAUCCAAUAAAUAUAUCUUAUUCAUCAUUUUCAACUAUAAAUUCAAUACAACAACAAAAUCCACCACAUGUUGUUACGGGUACAGCAGUUACAGCUCAUCAACGAUCACCAUCACGAUAUAAACAACGACCAAAAUCAAGUAUGACUAUGUCAACAAAUUCAUUUCCGAAACAAUCAAACAUCAAGGCGAGGUUUGUUUGUUUUGGAUAUUUUUUUUUUAUAAAUCGAUAG